UGGAGGGACGCAAACGUCUCACCUUUGACUCUAAGCUGCCAAGCAUUUUCUAAGCCUGUUGAGUAAAGGGGAUGGAGAACAACAUGACUGACUGUGAAGACGGAGAAGGGGGACCCACCAGCCUGGGUGAUGGACACCCCAGAGAGAGCAGUCCUUUCAUCAACAGCAGCGCAUCCUUGGAUAUCGAAAAGAGUCAGCAAUACGACAGCAAGAGCAUGGCUCUAUUUGAGGAGGAGAUUGAUACCAGUCCAAUGGUUUCCUCUCUGCUCAGUUCUCUGGCCAACUACUCCAACUUGCCGACUGGCAGCAAAGAGCAUGAAGAGGCUGAGAAUGAAGAGGGGGCUAGGCCAUCUAAAAAACCUGUAAAGGCCCCCCAGCUGGGCACUUUGAUGGGAGUCUACUUGCCGUGCAUCCAGAAUAUUUUUGGAGUGAUCCUCUUCCUGAGGAUGACAUGGAUGGUCGGGAUUGGAGGAGUCUUCGGCUCGUUCAUAAUCGUCUUUAUGUGUUGCUCUACGACCAUGCUCACAGCCAUUUCUAUGAGUGCCAUUGCAACAAAUGGAGUUGUACCAGCUGGUGGUUCAUAUUAUAUGAUCUCUCGCUCCCUGGGACCAGAGUUUGGUGGAGCUGUGGGGAUUUGCUUCUAUCUAGGAACCACCUUUGCUGGGGCCAUGUAUAUACUUGGUUGUAUUGAAAUUCUUCUGAUUUAUAUCGUCCCACAGGCAGCCAUCUUUAAAAUUGAGGGCCUGGAGGGUCCCGAAGCAGAGAUUGCACUCCUCAAUAACAUGCGUGUGUAUGGAACCCUUGUGCUGAGCUUCAUGGCCAUAGUGGUCUUUGUUGGGGUCAAAUAUGUUAAUAAGUUGGCACUGGUUUUCUUGGCCUGUGUUAUCCUAUCUAUUCUGGCAGUUUACGCUGGGAUUAUAAAGACUGCCCUUGAGCCUCCUGUCUUUCCAGUUUGUCUCCUUGGAAAUCGAACACUUCUCUCUAAAUCAUAUGACGUCUGUGCAAAGGUCAUUGAAAUAGACAAUGAGACAAUCACCACCCAGAUGUGGAGAUCAUUCUGUGAUUCUGAUUCCCUCAAUGCAACAUGUGAUGAAUAUUUCAUCAACAACAAUGUCACAGAGAUACAGGGCAUCCCUGGGGUCAAUAGUGGAAUCCUUGCUGAGAACCUGUUUGGAAAUUAUCUGGAAAAGGGUAAUUUCCUGGAAAAGCGUGGCAUCUCAUCCACUGUGGAUCCUGAUAUUCCAACCACCAACUCUAACCGCUACGUUGUGGCUGACAUCACCAGCUUCUUUACCCUGCUGGUGGGGAUAUAUUUCCCAUCGGUCACAGGGAUCAUGGCUGGCUCAAACCGCUCUGGGGACCUUCGAGAUGCCCAGAAGUCCAUCCCCAUCGGUACCAUCGCAGCCAUCACUACCACCUCCACUGUGUAUAUGACCUGUGUGGUCCUGUUUGGUGCAUGUAUAGAAGGAGUAGUACUAAGAGACAAGUUUGGUGAAGGUGUUAAUGGUAACCUGGUGAUUGGAACGCUGGCAUGGCCUUCCCCCUGGGUCAUUGUUUUUGGCUCUUUCUUCUCCACCUGUGGUGCAGGACUUCAGAGCCUGACUGGAGCUCCACGUCUUCUUCAAGCCAUUGCAAGAGACGGCAUCAUCCCAUUUCUCAGAAUUUUUGGACACGGUAAAGAAAAUGGAGAGCCAACCUGGGCACUGUUACUAACAGCUAGUAUCUGUGAAAUCGGUAUCAUCAUCGCCUCCCUGGAUUCAGUCGCUCCUAUCUUGUCUAUGUUUUUCUUGAUGUGCUAUAUGUUUGUCAAUCUUGCCUGUGCCCUGCAGACCCUUCUGAGGACACCUAACUGGAGGCCACGCUUUAAAUUUUACCACUGGGCUCUGUCAUUCCUGGGUAUGAGCCUGUGCCUGUCGCUCAUGUUUAUUUGCUCCUGGUAUUACGCCAUAGUUGCCAUGGGUAUUGCCACCUGCAUCUACAAAUAUAUUGAGUUCUGUGGAGCUGAGAAGGAGUGGGGUGAUGGCAUACGAGGAAUUUCUCUCAGUGCGGCACGAUUUGCACUGAUGAGGCUGGAGGAGGGACCCCCACACACCAAAAACUGGAGGCCCCAGAUCCUGGUGCUGGUAAGCAUGGAUGCUGAGCAGAAUGUGGAGCAACCCCGCCUGCUAUCUCUGACCAAUCAGCUUAAAGCAGGAAAAGGCCUGACCAUUGUCGGCACUUCUGUUCAAGGAACCUUCCUUGACAGUUACACCGAGGCCCAGCGAGCAGAUCAGUCUUUGCGUAAGCUGAUGGAAACAGAGAAGGUGAAAGGCUUCUCUCAGGUGGUUGUCUCCUCAAAUAUAAGGGAUGGGACGUCCCAUCUGAUACAAGUUGGAGGACUUGGGGGUCUUAAGCAUAACACUGUGAUGGUCAGCUGGCCUCAGAACUGGAAGCAGCCCGAGUGCUACCAGCAGUUUAAGAACUUUAUCGAGGUUGUUAGAGAGACAACCAUAGCUAGUUUGGCCCUUUUGGUUCCUAAGAAUAUUUCCAGUUAUCCAUCCAAUGGAGAGCGCUUCACUGAAGGUCAUAUAGACAUGUGGUGGAUUGUCCAUGACGGAGGCAUGUUGAUGCUUCUGCCCUUCCUUCUCCGUCAGCAUAAGGUGUGGAGAAAGUGCAAGAUGCGCAUUUUUACAGUGGCACAAAUGGAUGACAACAGCAUCCAGAUGAAGAAAGACCUCAUCACCUUUCUCUAUCACCUGCGCAUUGAUGCUGCUGUAGAGGUGGUGGAAAUGCAUGACAGUGAUAUUUCAGCUUACACCUACGAGAAGACACUGGUUAUGGAACAAAGAUCACAGAUCCUCAAACAGAUGCAUCUGACAAAGAAUGAGAUGGAGAGAGAGAUCCAAAGUAUUACUGAUUCAUCUCGUGGAUCCAUCCGUCGUAAGAAAAUGUCAACCUUGCAGCCCCAGCAUAGUACUGAGGAGAGCGCCAGUCUGGUAGAAAACCCAGAAGAUAAGGUAAAAGCUUCAAACAUCUGUGUUUCUCCCUCCUCUGUGUCCAAGAACAAGCUGCUUCCCCCAAGGGGCUGUUCUUUCUGCAGCCUUUAAUUAUUUCUCCUGAUUAAUCACAGGUUUCAGAGAUCUCUCUACGCUAACAGGUGCCUCUUUCUUUUUUUCACCCUCUUAUUACACCUGUUUGUCUCUCAGUCUG